AUGCUACACAGGAUACUGUUUCGAGCUGCUACAAGGAGUCUGAGAAACUCGAGACAAUAUGCGACUCCUAAUCGAUUAGAUCUUUCAAAGCUCACACAACGAGAGAUUCAACAGCUCCGUACGAUGAAACUUCAGCAGGACAGAAGUUUUAAAGAUCGUACUGCGGCUUACUAUUUUACCAGCAUCGCAGUGGUGUUUUUAGGUCUGGCGUAUGCAGCUGUUCCGCUUUAUAGAGCCAUUUGUGCUCGGACCGGAUGGGGUGGGAUACCCAUCACAGAUAAACGUAAAUUCACAGACGACAAAUUGAUUCCUGUAGAAAGCGAGAAAAGAAUAAGAGUCUCGUUCACCAGUGAAGUGUCCCAAAUUCUGCCCUGGAAAUUCACACCGGAGCAACGAGAGGUUCGAGUGCUUCCGGGAGAAACGGCUUUGGCCUUCUACAAAGCCAAAAACACCAGCGAUAAAGACAUCAUUGGAAUGGCCACAUACAGCAUCACACCAGGCGAUGCAUCCCCCUAUUUCAAUAAGAUCCAAUGUUUCUGCUUCGAAGAACAGAGACUAGCGGCAGGCGAAGAAAUCGAUAUGCCAGUGUUUUUCUUUAUCGAUCCCGAUUUCGCCAGCGAUCCGCGAAUGCGGAACAUCGAUGACAUCGUAUUGCAUUACACAUUUUUCCGAGCUCACUAUGCCAAUGGCGGUGCCGUGAGCGAAAGUGCAACCCCAGAAGUGAUGGAUGCCAGAAACCAGGCUCAGGCUCAGGCUCAGACUUAG